AAAAAAAUAGUUUCAGAGAAUCAAUAUUAUUUCUAUUAAAAUUAAAUAUUUGUAAUAUUAGAGUUCAAUGUUUUAUGUGUGGCAGUAUUAUGUAUCAAUUUCAGAAAAAGCGUUUAUUUGACUAUUAUAUAAGACACAUCAUUCGUUUUUGUAUUUAUGUCCUUUCGCAGACAAUAUAUUUCUUUUCUUGCAUCACGAGAUGCGGAAUGCAUUUUAUUUUACUACAAAAGUUUUAAAUUAUUUGAUUGAAAUAUCAGGAUAAAAAGAACGAAGAAUUCUUUGCUCUGAUUGGUCAAUCAAAUGCUUUGAAACUUUCAUGUCAUAAAAUGAUGCGACAGCCAAUCAAAGUCUCUUUUUAAGAGAAUACGCAUUGCUUGCGUGCAUAGCUUAAAAUGCAGAUCUAUGAAUGUGCGCGUGGUCCAGAGAAAGAUGAUCAAAACAGAGAAUUUAACUUAUGCAGAUAGUAAUCCAAUGAAAUCAAAAGAAGAAUGUAUAAUAUACGAACAGAAACAAAAUGAGCUUAUUAGAGAACAAGUUUCAUCUCAAGCAUCCCAUGAUGCGACAAAUUUGCAGAGAUCAAUAUCUGAAGCAAUAAAUAAAAAUAUCGAGUUACAGAAUAUAUCUGAUGCAGUGUGUCAAGAUGAAUGUAAAACAAAUGAAAUGACUGUGAAACAUGAAGAACAAAACCAGUCAUCUGUAUCUGUAGUACCAAAUAUCAAAAGAAAAAGGGGUAGACCUAGAAAAACAAAAGAUAAUUCCAUAGACCAAGAUACACCAAAGACAUCAGAAAAUGAAAGUAUUGUACAAGACAUUUCCGAUAUUACAGAACCCACAUACAUGAUACGCAAUAGAAGACAUACCAAUAAAAUUAGGGAUACUACCAAUGAAAGUGAUGAAAGCGAUACUAAUAAAGUGGAAGAUAAAUCUCUUGUCAAAAAGCGCGGUCGUCCAGUUGGUAGUAGAGGACGAGGGCAAGGACGAGGACGAGGACGAGGACGAGGUCGAGGACGUGGUCGGGGUCGCGGUGGGGGAAUAAUGCAUAAUUCUUUUGUAGACUCAGAUGAAAUAAAUACAACAGCAGACAGUGUUGCAGAUAUUGAAAAUGGUACAAAUUCAAAUUCUCCAAAUAUUGAGAAGAAUGUACAAUUAAUAACUUGUGCUAAAUGUAAUCAACAAGUACCAAGAACACAAUGGUCUGCACAUAACUUGAAUCAACAUAAUAAUAUGGCUUGGCAAGAAAAUGAGGAACCAUUGGACUUCGAAAAUGAUAUUAAAUUAUUAAAAAAAGUAUUAACUAAUGCUCUUAAACAAAAAAAGAAAUAUCUAACUUGUGAAAAAUGUAAGGAUACAAAACGAAGUGUCAACGGUUUUAUAUCACAUAUGCAAUUUUGUGGAAAAUCAGAAGAAGAAAGGCAAGCAUUGAUGAUGACAUGUCCCAUUUGUAAAUCUGUUAUGAUGCCUUCUUCCAUGGAAAUGCAUGAACGUUAUCAUAGGCAAUUAGAACAAAAUAAAGAUGAAAAAACAUCAAGUGUACUAAUAGAACGAACAAAACGGAAAGCAGCAGAAAAAGCAGUACCAAAGAUAAAUGAGUUUAUAAAAGAGCAAGAUUCAACAAAGCUAAUAAAACUUGCUUCUUCUGCAUUUAAAAAUGUAAUACAAAUGCCAGAACUUAAAAAAAAAAUACCAGCUGUUUGGAAAGGUAUAUGGAGGAAGGAAAUAGCUUCACAAGGUACCACGUCUUGUAAACAAUUAGGAUGUACUUACACAUGUUCCUCUUACGAAAGCAUUUGCGAACAUUAUUCUCAAUGUAAUUUUACUCCACAGGAGAAUUUUAUAUGUAAAAUUUGCAAGUUUUCUGCAAAUUCUAAAGAUAAAAUCAUAGAUCAUAUAACAGAAGCUCAUUCGAGCAAUGAGGAUUUAGACAAGCAUUCUGAUUUUGAGAAAGAUAAGGAAGAUGAAGGUUCAUCAGAAGAAGAUAUAAUUGAAUGGGAUGUAAAACAAAAGCGUUCAACAAAACAAACACAGAUAAGCUCUGAUGGCACAAGAAUAUACAAUAAAAUGGCUUUCUUAGAUAAAGAGAUAAUGCAAAAACCACAAUCAACUAAACCCUACAAAUCAACUAUAGGUUGGACUCUGGAAUUUGAACUGAAAAAUUAUGAACUUAUCUUAUUCGAAGACAAUAUGCCAAAUGCUUUUACAUUAUUGGAAAAUAAUAAUGCCGCAAAAUAUCUCCCAGAAUUAACAAUUUCAAUGGCUACCAAAAAUGUGAAGUUUGAUUCAUCAAAAAAUGUAGAAAAUUCUAACAAUGGUGAUAAGUGGAAAUAUUUAAAUAGAUUUGAGAGUGAUAUUUAUGAAGCUGUGCCAACAUUUUUUGUCGGUGGUCCUGUAUGGGCGUUAGCAUGGUUACCUAUUCCAUCACCAAUGUACACCAAAAACCCGACACAAUAUGUUGCAAUCAGCACACACCCUACUAUGGAAAACGAGUACACUGUAGGAAAUAAAUAUUCCGGACCAAAUAUUAUACAAAUAUGGAAUGUUGGAAAUUUAAAUCAUGAUAUCAAUAGUACAAAUGAACUACCCGUUUUAGCUUAUGCAAUUGCACAUAAUAAUGGUACAAUUUGGUGCUUGGAAUGGUGUCCAUCAGGAUGCUAUCAGGAUAUUGAUCUUGGCAAUUAUAAAGCGGAAGAAAAUAGGCUUAGACGAAUGGGAUUGCUUGCGGCCGCAUGUUCGGAUGGAUGCGUAAAUAUUUAUUCAUUACCAUUUCCCGAUGAACUUAAAUUCGAAAAAACAGAAUGCAAUUCAUUGCCGAUCUACAAGACCGAUCCGGUAAUAACACUAGUCGUAAAUCAUUUAUUAUAUGAUAGUAACAAACAGAAUUGGCAAUGCAUUAAACUAUCAUGGACGAAGGAGCAUGGACAUAACAUUAUCGCGGCAGGUUUCACCAAUGGUUAUAUCGCAUUAUGGGAUCUCACGACUACUUGUCCUAUGUUAGUCAAUGUAAGAAAGAAUACAAAACUUAUAAAUGCAUUCCAACAUUUCUUUGCUCAUCAUAAUGCAGUUAGUAUGGUAGCAUUAGUUCCAUAUGGCAAAAGCCGAUUUUUGGCUUCUGGCAGUACAGAUAGAACGUAUAAGUUUUGGGAUUUAGAAGAUACAAGCGCACCACGACAUUAUGCGAAAAAGAGUAUAAUAUUGGACGGCGCGUGGAUGAUGCAUUGGCCGUGUUCAGUUAUGAGUUUCGAUGAUGCGCUUGGGUACCAAUAUGCACAUUCUUGUAUAAUACCAUUGAGAGACUAUGGAUAUAAAUUCUGCCCAAUUUUACCAACUAAUUCACCGACUUAUAGUAUCGCGGUUUCUGAUUAUGCUAAUAGUGUUGCACAUGGUACUUUAGCAGGAGAAGUAAUAACCAUCUUUCCCCAUCAAUUAUUGUACGCAGAAAGAAUAUUGUCUAAAAAAAGACAGUUAAACUCUUUCAUUAAAAUAGUAGAUUUCUUAGAAAAGGAUCAAAACACAGUCAACAAUGGAAAUAAAAAUAACAAAAAAAAUUCUAAAGAUUAUCAUUACAUGCCGGAAACUUAUAAUGAAUGUAAAGAUCGUUUUGGCAUCAUCUUCCAUGAUAAAUUAACAGGUUUGAAGGAAAAAAUAACUAGAGAUAAACAGGAUCAUACUUUGUAUAAUAACAUGUUGACAUCCAUCCCUAUUGAACAAUAUCCAUUUACUUCUGCAAACAGGGUGGCUUGGAAUCCAAAUGCAUGGAGUUAUUUGUGGCUUAUGGUAGGUUAUCAAAAUGGUUUAAUGAGAUUAUUAAACUUAACAUUUAUGUCCGCAUCUCAUGAACUGAAUACUUCACUAUCGGUGCAUGCAGAACGUAUACUUGCUAAAAGAAAUGCUUCAACUCGAUGACUAUAAAGCUACUUCUAAUAGAAAAUGAAUCUGUUUGGACGAUAUUUAGAAUAUUUUUUAUUGCGCUUUUUAUCUAUUAGGUUGAAAACUAUGAAAUUGUAUAAUAUUAAUUUAUAAUUUAAUAAACGAUAUGUAAUUUUAA